GGUGCAUCUGACGGGAGUUAUCAGUCGAUUUUGCGGGAAUUAUGACGAGUUCGGGGGUUAAUGGGGAGGUGAGACAAGGGUGGAGGCUGAAAAAAAUGGGUACUAGGUAUUUUUCGUUCAAGUGGAAGACAGAAGGUGGUGAAAGCACUUCAGGGAGGAAUUCCGAGAAUUUUAGGAGCAGCGAGGAGGUGCUGGAGGGCAGUGGGAGGAUUGGAUUUUUUAGGAGUAUUAAGAAAAAAUUGUCGAUUAAGAAUUUGUGCAGAUCGAAGAGAAAGAUAACCGCUGCAGAAUUGAGUAGAGGGGUGGAUGAUGGUGGUAGUGAGAGGACAGUUUCCCUGACUAAUGAUAAAUAUGAAACUGAAGUAAAUGAAAGAGUGGGAAUUCCCAGUGACUUGACAGAGAGCUCGAUAAGUCAAUCAUCGACAGAUUCUUUGAGAAGAAGAACUGAUAACAGCCGAUUCGAUAGCAAUGACGAGGAGAGGAUCUGUGAAUCAUCGGUGAGGGGGAAUGUAAAUAGGGGGGAGGAAUCAGCUGACAGACUGAAUCAGCUGUGGUCAGAGGGGGCAGAGGGUGGUGCAGAAUAUGUUGGGGAAGAGAUGGAGAUGGAGAUGGACGAAGAGGAGAAGGGAAAUUUACCAACUCUCUCGCAGGAGUUGUUGAAACUUAGUAAAUACGGAUGGUACUGGGGACCUAUCUCUGGAGAUGAAGCUGACGCCAAAUUGCAAGCUGAACCCGAUGGGGCUUUUUUGAUAAGAGAUUCCUCGGACGACAGACAUCUUCUCACGUUGAGCUUCAAAUCAGCUGGGAAAUUGCUUCAUGCUCGUGUAGAACACAGUGGUGGCAUGUUCUCAUUCUGCAAUCAAGGGGAUAGUGGACGUUUCACGUCUGUACCAGCUUUAAUCGAUCAUUCAAUGAAUUACAGUCGAUCUGCUGUCUUCUGCUACUCGAGGCCUCGUUAUCCUGGCCAUCCUGCUUUUCCCGUACGUUUAACGAAGCCUGUAAGUCGCUUCAGGCAUGUCCGAAGCCUACAAUAUCUCUGUAGAUUCGUCAUCAGACAAAAUACUCGUCUUGAUAAUAUAAACAAACUUCCUUUACCAAACACCAUCAAGGGAUACAUCGAGGAGGCACAUUAUUGAACCUCUUAUGAAUCUAUAGACUGUUUUACAAUAUAUUAUAUUGUUAUUAUUAAUA